UUGAGCUAGGGGGCGACUUGGGCGAAGAAGUCGCCUUCGGAUGAGCGACUUCGCCGUAAACAAACUUCAAAGCGAUUUUGAAGUCGCCCGAUUUUUUUAGGAUCUGUCAUACCUAUUUACGACGCUAGGUCUCUUUACUAUUUGUGUACUUGUCAAUUACAACCAAUUACCGGUAAUCCGCUUGUUUACAACGCGUGCCAAGUUGUCAACAAAGUCAAAUACACGCCGCAAGGCAAAAGUUCAAUAUGUAUAUCUGUCUCAUGCGAUUGACGAAUCAGAGCGCGCGUUGUAUCUACGCCAGUUCACAUCGACCAAUCAGCGACACUCUAAUAUGCUGUGGCUAUUAAUUGACAAUAACACAAAAUGGCGACAGACAAUGUCAAUUUUCACAGAUUUACACGAUUAAAGACACCGACAUAUACAUAAUUGUUGCUAAUUGUCGCGGUGCUUGGCGAGUAAAGGUAAGACAAUGUCCGACGCCUUAAAGGUGUGAAUAUAUGCGAAUUUGAUUGUUAAAAAUCAUUGGAGCACUUAUCUGUAGAAAUUAUGUGAAGAUUUGUUAAUAUUUUUUUAUUAAUACUUUGAACGCCGUAAAGUUAAUACACUGACAAAUUGUUAAUCCAAUAUUAAUUAAAUGUCUCUAACAUCAUGGCUUGUGGGCGAAUCGCCCAAACCUUCAAGCAAACGAAAAUUAGACGAUGACCAGUCUGACACUCCAGCUUUAAAGAAAAAAUUCACAAAAGAAAUGAAUCAAACUUCUUUUGACUGGUAUGUUCAAGAUGCCAAUGGCAAGUGGCACUGUUGUAUCUGCCGUGAAAGCAAGAUUGAAGGGGCAUACUCUAAGGGUCAUGAUAACCCUGCAAAGACAACAAAUCACACAAGGCAUGCUGCCUGUAAGUUUAACUGCUUGAAAAUUUUGAUUUUUUUUUGUUAUCAACAUGUACAUGUACUUGAAAUGAUCGAUUUUAUUUGUUUAAUAUAUGUUACAUUUUUUUCUUUCUAUUUUCAGCACAAAGUCACUUGAAUGCAGUUUCAAGGUCAAAAUUAAAGUCACAACAACCCAUGCAGAAACUGAUUGACAAGAAACUAUCAAAAGAUGAUGAAACUGCUGUGCAGUACUUGAAAUGUGCUUAUUACAUCGCUAAAAGAGAACUUCCAAAAUCUGAAAUGAAACAUAUGAUUAACUUUGUUGGGACAAUAGGGUGUAAAGUAAAUGAAAUGCAACAUUCAAAUUCAGACUAUACUAGUGGAACCAGUGUAUCAGAAUUUCAUAGUGCUUUAGCAGGUGUUAUUCUAGAAGACAAAAUGGAACUUGUUAAAAAAUCUGGGGUGUUCUCAAUUGUCUUGGAUGAGAGUACUGACAUUGGUAAUCAGAAACGAGUGUUAAUGUAUGCCCAGUAUGUUACAUUAGAUGGAUUAGAAUACUGUCUGCUCUCAAAUAAGCAACUUACAGCGGGUUCUGGUAAUGCAGACAACAUUGUUGAAAUGGUGAUUGAUGAACUGAAAUCUAAGGGACUUGACAUAUCUAAAAUGGUUGGGAUAGGUACCGACGGUGCAAGUGUCAUGACAGGGAGAAAAAAUGGUGUUGUAGUAAAAUUAAAGGAACAUUCUCCAUCAUUAGUUGGUGCACACUGUGCUGCACACAGAACUGCUCUUGCCACCUCUCAGGCAGCUAAGUAUGUACAUGAAAUGGACGAAUACUCCAGAACUGUAUCUUCAGUGUUUAGGUAUUUCAGUAAUUCAUCGCUCAGAUCCAACCGUCUUCGUGCCAUCCAAUCAGUAUUGAAUCUGCCCGAGUUGAAAUUUUCAGAAGUACACUCUGUAAGAUGGUUAAGUAUGGAAAAUGCUGUGACAGCUAUAUACAGGUCAUACCCUGCUUUGUGCAUGUGCUUAGAACGUGAAGCAAUAUACGAUAGUGCAGCUAAGGGACUUUUUAAUGAUGUAAUACAGUUCAAAUUCAUCGCAAUGACACAUGUCAUGAUGGACAUUUUGCCAUUUAUGGGACGCCUUUCAAAAAACUUUCAGAGUAAGGUUCUAGACUUCAGCAUGAUUGACCCUUUAGUGCAGAGCACCUGUGACAGUUUAGAGGACUUAGUUGAAUGUGAAGGUGCAUUUGUUGAUAAGUUGUCAUGUUUUGUUAAGGAAAGUGAUGACAAAGUUCUGUAUGUCCGUCCAGAUUCUGAAUCUCAACUUGAAACUGUUAAGGAAACUGUGAAAAGUAAUAUUGAAUUUGAAGGUUUUGAAAGUAAUGAAGACAGUGACAAUGACACCGAGUUUGUAGAAACUUCAGCAUUUCACCCAGAACUGAAAUACUACACUCAGCAGAAAAAUGUUGUAAACAAAGUGAUGAACAAAUAUGUUGGCAAGUUGGUUGAAAAUCUACAGGACAGAUUUCAGGACAGGAAAGUAAUUUCAAACAUGAAUGUGUUAGUGCCUGCUAAUAUCAUUACUGCAGAGUCUGUAGCAAAAUAUGGAGUUAAUGAAUUCAAGGACUUAGUUGACCAUUAUGCCCCCCAUGUUACAGGCAGCAUUGAUUUGUGUCUCUCAGAAUACCAGCAGUUCAAGAGACUUGUCUGUGGUAGUUAUAGAAAUAUGUCACUAAUUGAAAUAGUGUGUGAAAUGCAGAAAAAGUACAGUGAAAUGAUCCCCAAUGUCCUAACCAUUUUGAAAUGUUGUGUGGUAUUGCCAAUGUCCAGUGUCCAGUGUGAACGUGGUUUCUCCACACAAAACAGAAUUAAGUCAAAACUUAGAACUUCCAUUAAAAGUGAAACCCUUGACAAUCUGAUGAGAAUUUCAGAGGAUGGUCCAGAUAUUAUGAAAUUUGACUUUGACAGAGCCCUGAAAAAAUGGAAAUCUGAGAAAAGGAGAAAGCUUUAUGCUUACUAGAAAAGUGUGAAAAGCUGAAUGCUUGCUUAAAACAAUGACUGAGAAAAUGCUAACUGAUGACAAAUAUUUGUUUUCUUACAUACCUGAAAGUGUGCUAUGUCAGAUUAAGACUUUUUAAGUACUGUAUCAUACUUGUUGUUAUUAAAAUGCAUAGAAUUAUGUUGAUAAAAUGUAAUUUAAUUCAUAUUGUUUGCCACUACAUUAUAAAACAAUGACUGAGUAAAUGCUAAGUGAUGACAGAUAUUUUCUUACAUACCUGAAAGUGUGCUAUUUCAGAUUUAGACUUCUUAAGUACUGUAUCAUACUUGUUGUUAUUAAAAUGCAUAGAAUUAUGUUGACAAAAUGUAACUUAGUUCAUAUUGUUUGCCACUACAUUGUUUAUGUUAUAAUAACAUGUGAACAUUGUGAUUGUUAUUUCUUACAUUUUAUGCACAGUAGAUUUAUAAUAGAAUUGUUUUAUUUGAGAAGUGUUUCUUAUUUCUUUUAUGGUUUGUAAAGUUUCCUAAGCUUAUAAGUCCAAAGAAAAAAUGACAUGAAACAUGUCUCCGGAUGACGCCUAACAUGUCUCCCAACUUCUCCCUAAAGUCUCCUCACUUCUCCCUAAAUCAACUGGAGGGAGAAGUCACUUCUCCCUAAAAUUUUGACCUAGCUCAAGCCCUGUUAGUCAUAU